AUGGACGCACAAGCCUAUCUCAUCCGACACGGAUGGUCUGGUCCCGGCAAUCCCCUCAACCCGAACCAGCGCCCAGGCCCACACGGCGGUCUCGGUCUCACAAAGCCCAUUCUCGUCGCGCGCAAACAGAACAACCACGGCGUCGGCAAGAAGACAACGAAAGACCCCACGAAUCAGUGGUGGUUGCGCGGAUUUGAAGAUGCCCUCAAGGGCAUCGGUGAGGACAAACCGACCUCGACGAGUUCAAAUAAUGCGUUGACGAGCGAACUGUACCGUCACUUUGUGCGCGGUGAAUAUCUUGCCGGAACCAUUGAACAGAAGACAGUGGAGGAGCCUAAAGAAAAGUCCAAGUCCAAAUCAAAGAGGAAGCGCGAUUCCGAAGACGAGGAUGAGCGUCGAGCUAAGAAGGAGGAAAAGGCUGCGCGGAAAGAGGAGAAGCGCAAGCGUCGGAAGCUCAAGGAAGAUUUGGAAACCGCCGAGUCUGCGACUGUGUCUUCAAGUGAGACGUCUGGUUCGGAGAAGCGCAAGGAGAGCAAAGAAGAGCGUCGAUUGAGGAAGAAGGAAAAGAAGGAGCGGAAGGAGCGCAAAUCAGAGGAAAAGAAGUUGAAGAAGUCAAAGCGUUCUGCGAGCGAUGAGGAUUAUCCUACACCGAGGUCGACCGAUGAGGAUCGGGAUGAUGGACAAAUGGAUAUCGCGGAAUCAGAUGAAGCCCCUGCCACGACCAAAGAGAAGAAGGCAAAGAAGGAAAGCAGGAAGUCCAAGUCCAAUUCCAAGGAUAAGGAUAGCGAAGGGGAACGGAAAUCUGAUUCGAAGAAGCCCAAGAAAGAGAAGAAGGCGAAGAAAGAAAAUUUCGCUUGA